AUGCUCAUGUAUCCUACCAGUACUGCACAGGUGAAAGAUCAAAAUCUUAUUUUCAAGGAUAGAUGUUGUUUCUACAGGUCAAAUACUGGGGAAACCAUGGCCUGGUCUGAGUCUGUGGAUACACUACUAGCUAACAAAGAUGGCCUGGCAGCUUUUCGGACAUUUUUGAAGUCAGAGUUCAGUGAGGAGAAUGUGGAGUUCUGGCUGGCCUGUGAAGACUUCAAGAAAACCAAGUCCUCCACCAAGAUCGCCUCGAAAGCCCAAAAGAUUUAUUCUGACUUUAUUCAAGCUGAUGCUCCAAAAGAGAUUAAUAUUGACUUCCAUACCAAAAAUGACAUCUCUCAGAAUAUCUCUGAGCCCACGCUCAGCUGCUUUGAUAAUGCUCAGAGGUUAAUCUACAGUCUCAUGGCAAAGGACUCUUUCCCCAGGUUUCUAAGGUCAGAAGUGUACAAGGAACUUGUAAAGAAGCAUCAGGACAGAAAUCAGAAGAGAUGGCUGCCAUUUUUGUGAGAAAAUACCCCAGGGAUUAUGAAUUUAUAAACAUCUUCCACUGCAAUUCAGUACAGAUAAUUAUUAAUUAUUAAAAUAAUUGCACAAACCACACCCAAGAAUUGCCUUUGCCAGCUUAAGUGCAAAAUGCACAUGAUACUUUCUAAUAAUGGUAGAGAAAUAUUCAAGAAACA